AUGGCUGCUCUUGCUAGUCCCCCACUACACCUCAUAUCCUUUGAUUGGGUGGGUAGACCACGCCUCCAGCAAGCCCCGUCCCCACUACGCUACCUGUCCUGUGAUUGGCUGACCUGCAGAAAAGCCAUGGACCCCUGCUUAAGAAAGACUACCAAGCCAAUGAAGCCAGUGGCAGGCAUGAAGAGAUCUAAACUUCAGGAGGCGUUGACUGGAGGUAUUAAGAAGAUGAAAUCAUCAACUCCUUCUGAAACCCUGGUCAACAAGACUCUGUCGCAGCCAGGAUCCUCUUCAUCUGCCGCCAAGACUCUUUCGCAGCCAGGCAAGACUCUGUCGCAGCCGGGAUCCUCUUCAUCUGCUUUGUCUGACGAUGCAAAGAAAACAACUACAAUAUCAACUCAAUCUUCCCUUGCCGCCAAGACUCUUUCGCAGCCAGGAUCUUCUUCUGCUUUGUUUGAAGAUAGAUUGAAGAAACCUUCUUCUGGUAACACUUCGUCGAAGAAACGGUCUGAUUCAUCGUCUUCCUCUUCUUCUUCUUCGUCAUCAUCUUCCUCGUCUUCUUCAUCGUCCUCGUCCUCUUCUUCUACGUCAUCGCCCAAAAAUCAAACAAUUAAGUCCCCUCUAUCCAUGCUUCUCUCUCCCAUAAUUCUCUCCUUGCUAUCUCCUAUUAAAUCUCCAGAAAAGCCAUCCACUCCCAAACGUAAGCCAUCUCCAAAACCUCAACCACAUAGCCUAACUCUUCCUAAUUUAAAUUCCUCCUCGAACCAAAUGCCUGACAUAGAUUCUCCUGAAAUUACCAUUCCAAACCCCCCACCCAAAUCCCUCCCUGCUGCACCCACCGUUGUUAGAAAACUCUUUACUAAAACUGAAUCCUCAAAAGAAUCCCUUCCCCCCCAUUCAAACCCUUCUGAAAAAUUGGUAAAACUCAUGGCCAAAAGACGAGCUGCAUUUAAGCCCAAGCCACAAUGUUCUUAUAUUUUCCAAAAAGGGGUGAAAAAAGGUGAGCGUUGUGAAAAGUCCUGCUUUUCUGAUGCUAAUGUGUGCAGCCUCCACACUAAGGGGAAAAGCAGGAUGGUACCCACUCAACCUAAAAUUAUUAGCAGCAAACCUGUCGCUACCAAUCCUCAGUCAUUUGAAAGACCAUCAAUAAUCGUCAAAAGCCAGGCUCAGGAAAAAUCUUGUACAUCUGAUCCAACACCGAGCACCUCACGUGUUGUUGUGAUAGACAAGAUUUUGCCUAGCCAACCACGAACGUCAGGCUUUGCUCGACCCUGUCGUCCACCACAAAUUCAAGCUAAAAAAACCAGAAUUGAUAGGCUACCCAAAAAUCGUAAAUUCGAAAUUCUUUUGAUGACACCAAACGGUGAAGUCAUUUUAAGAGAAGGAAAUGACAGGUUCCGACUUAAAUUACCCAGAGGCAUGACCAUCCCGAAUACAACCCACCGAUACUACAUAAUUCGUGAUCGGUCUUCGGGAUGGGCAUCUGUAACAUUAUAA